AUGACGGCAACAUUGACGACUAUGUAUACAACCACAAAAAUCGAUCCUUUAGUGUUCCCGUAUGAUAUCUUCGUUAGCAAUGAUCUUGUCAUUGGUGAUAAUACAACAUUCAAAUCAUUGUAUGAAUUUACAUCAUACAUCGACAAAGGAUUGAACACAACUUUCAUCGACGUUUACAUGGCUGACGUGUCCACUGGUCAUACGGCGUUUUUGGCGGUGGCGAUGUUUACUCUCUCAUUAGUGACUGUUCUGGGAAACGCUAUUGUGAUUUAUGCACUACGCACAAAUCGCCACUUACGAACGUUAAAAGAAAUUAAAAACAGAUUCCUCAGAAAAGAAGCUGAUUAUGAAUUAUCAGCAAAUUGUAUUCAGCAACGAAAAUACUCGUAA